CGUCGUGGGAAUGAGCUGCCGCUGUAUACUUUGUCAAAGGGACGUAAGCGCCGGCAAACAGCCGAUGCACCAGUUCAUUAGACGCCAAGGAGUCCCGACGAAGAUAUUCAGCGACAACGGCACCAAUUUCGUCGGUGCCGAUCGCAAGCUGUGUGAAUUGAAGGAGGCGUUUCUAGCAAUGGGUCCAGAACUGAAGAGAUUCGCAGCAGACGAAGGGUGCAGCUUCAUCUUUAUACCACCGCGGGCGCCGCACAUCGGCGGAUUAUGGCAAGCCGCAGUGAAGUCCGCCAAACACCACAUCGUUCGGAUAACCGGCAAUGCGCUACUCACAGCAGAGGAGUUAGCAACAGUGUUGACCUAAGUGGAGGCCAUCCUCAACUGUCGCCCCCUGGUACCUCUGAGCCAAGAUCCCAACGACGGCGAGGCGUUAACACCAGCGCAUCUAUUAAUAGGAUGCUCCCUGCGGGCAUCACCCCCAGAGAAAGUGGACCCAGUUCGGUGUUGCGAGAGAUGGCAACUUGUUUGUUGUCUCAAGCAACAGUUCUGGCGACAGUGGUCCAAAGUAUACCUGACGGGACUUCAGGUGCCGCAACAAGUGGUGCGGUUCGCAGACGCAGCAACCAAGACGGGCACGAUUAAGCGUCCCAUCCACAAACUGGCCGUGCUUCCACUGGAUAAUGAAGGAAUCUGAUCCUGUCAAGGUGGCCGGUGUUGCGUCAAGCGACAAGAUAUAUACGUAUAUUGAAAGCUAAAAUUAAAAUUAAGAAAAUGUAAUUAUAAAA